CUUUGCAGGCCACCGUUGCAUGGCUUUCCAGUGUUAUAAGAAAAUGGAGUUAGAGGAGAGUGAAGAGAAAGACGAGGAAAAUUUGAGUGAAGAUGAGAAAUCUGAGGAGUUAGACAGGACUCCCGAGCAGGAGUUACAUCUUCUGUCACUAAACUCAAUGGUGGGAAUAACUUCGAAGAAAACUAUGAAGAUGGAAGGAGUACUGGGAAACAGAGAAGUAGUUGUUUUCAUCGACUCCGGAGCUACUUGCAACUUCAUAGCAACCAGAUUGGUGGAGGAAAUGAGGCUACCAGUGGUGGAGACUGUGGGGUUUGGCGUAGCUGUGGGAAAUGGUGAAGUCAUUAAUGGGUCUGGGAAGUGCGAAUAUGUGGAGGUUGAAAUACAAGGGAUUAAGAUCAAAGAAGAGUUCUUGAAGUUCGAGUUGGGAACCGUUGAUCUUGUGUUAGGUUAUUCAUGGUUGGCAAAGCUUGGGGAGACACGCAUUAAUUGGGGCUUGCAUAUUCUGAGGUUCCAAUCUGGUGAGAAGUGGGUUUCUAUCUGUAGCAAUCCGGAGCUGCUGACUGCGCAGGUAUCUCUUAACUCAAUGGAGAAGCUAUGUGAUAAGGAAGAUGUAGUGUACCUACUGGAGCUGCAGGCGCUUUUUGAGAAUGAUAAUAAGGAGAUCGAGGGAAAACCCAGUCCAGCAGUUAUGGCAUUGUUGAAGAGGUUUGCGGGAGUCUUUCAGAUGCCUGCGGGGUUGCCUCCAAAACGCACUAGAGAACAUGCGAUCACACUGCAAGAAGGAACUUCCCCAAUAAAUGUGAGACCGUAUCGAUACUCUCAUGUGCAGAAGAACAGAUAG